CAUCUCUAAGAUCCCGUGGAGCAAAUACCGCAACUCCUCCCGUAUCAUCAUGUUCCGUAUGUUGACUUCAACGGCUUUGCGGCGUUCACCAGUAACCAGCAGCUUGACCUCUUGCUGUAAAGCAAAUGCUUUUGCAGUCCGAAUUCGUAGCUUUCACGCUGCCCCAGUGAUCCAAGCCAAAAUGACGGUCGAGCAACUGGCCCAGCAAGUCGAUAUGAAAGGGACCAAUGUUCUCGUGCGCGUUGAUUUGAAUGCCCCCCUGGCCACGGAUGAUGUAACGGUGACGGAUGACACACGCCUGCGCGCCAUUGUUCCAACCACGAAAUUCUUGCUCGAGCAGGGAGCCAACGUGAUUCUCUGCAGCCAUUUUGGCCGACCCAAGGGUGAAAUUAUCGAAACUGGCAAGAAUGGUCGGCUCAACCCAGUGGUGAAGCCGCUCGAAGUACUGCUGGGGCAGACGAUUACCAAACUUGAUGAUUGCAUGGGACCGGAUGUUGAAGCCGCAACGAAAAAUUUGGGUGAGGGAAAGGUUGUCUUGUUGGAAAACACCCGUUUUUACAGCGGAGAAACCAAGAACGAUCCGGAACUCGCAGCCGGGCUCGGAAAACUUGCUGAUUAUUUCGUCAUGGACGCCUUUGGCACGGCUCACCGAGCACAUUCUUCGACUGCCGGUGUGACCACCCAUAUGAAGUUCAACGCUGCUGGAAAACUUAUGGAGAAGGAAUUGCAAUACUUGCAAGGUGCCGUGGAAGAGCCCAAACGCCCCAUGAUGGCUAUUGUCGGUGGUGCCAAAGUAUCCACCAAAAUUCCGGUCAUCGAAUCGCUUUUGGACAAGUGCGAUGUCAUUUUGAUUGGCGGCGGUAUGAUCUUUACCUUUUACAAGGCUCUCGGUUACGACAUUGGCGCAUCGCUCGUGGAAGACGACAUUGUGGAAUUGGCGAGUUCAUUGAUGAAAAAGGCCGAAGAAAAGGGUGUCAAACUGAUUCUGCCUGUUGACGUUGUCUUGGCUGAUAAGUUUGACAAUGAUGCAAACUCGGCCGUGGCGAAGGUCACCGACAUUUCCGGAGACUGGAUGGGACUGGACAUUGGACCGGAAACGAUCGAUUUGUUUCGUAGCGAAAUUGCCGAAGCCAAUACAAUUGUUUGGAACGGUCCGAUGGGCGUCUUUGAAUUUAGCAACUUUGCGGCUGGCACCAACGAUGUUGCCCAGAUGCUCGCCCAAGCCACUGCCGAACGGGGCGCCGUCACCAUAAUUGGUGGUGGCGACUCUGUGGCCGCCGUCAACAAAGCGGGUUUGGGUGACAAGGUUUCUCACAUUUCGACGGGCGGUGGCGCCAGUUUGGAGCUUCUGGAGGGCAAGGUAUUGCCCGGCGUUGCGGCUUUGACAGAAGUGUAAGCCGGGAAUGCGUAUAGUCUAGCAAUAUUUAUAAUACUGUCGUAAGAAACGAGUCAUCAGUUGGACAAACGGUAUCAGUUAGUGCAAAUCGGGCGGAGCCAUCAUACACAAUCAGAAUUGCUGUACACGAGAUCCGCCAUAGAAAGCCGAUAGUGACCUGCAGUAUAACGACUUUAAUUUGCGCUCGCGUACAUUGAAUCGUAUCGACACGAAUUUCCCGUGCAGUUCCUUUGGUACCUACACAUGCUGCAAAGUGGAACCAUCCGAUCCCUUCGGAAACGUUGAUUCCACCAUGUUUUUGACACUGCUAAAGCUUCUUUUCGUAUAUUGAUAAAGCAAUGAGCUAUCCAUGGCAAUGUUCAAAGGACUCGGUACGCUAUCGGCGGAAGGUGGUACGGCGGCCCUAUCUUUGGCGAGAAUGUGUUGGGGGUUGUACCCCAAGUGCUCAAAGACUAGUUCCGCCAUAUCUACCCGACUAACAGCAGUCGGGCCACCCAUAUUGUACACGCCCGUGGGGACGGUAUCACCGUUGCGAAAACUGGCGAGCAGUCCCAGUAUUACCGCUACGACGUCGUGUACAGACACCACGGACCGAACUUCAUCCCGGUAAAAGACCGUGUCCACGCCUUGGCGGGUGGCACAAAAGUGCAAAAAUGUUUCGUGCGCUAUUUCGGGAAGAACGGGGGCACGGGGACCCAGAAUGAUACUGCUACGGAGUAUCAAGGUACGACAGUUGUUGCUUUGCAACAAAUGAUGUUCCAAAGCUAGUUUGGUUCUUCCGUACACAUUACAAGGUUCCGGAGGAGUGUCCUCUCGGUAAGGUGGUUCUGUUCCAUCGUAGACUUGGUCCGUGGAUAAAGCAAUAACGUAGGUAUUUCGAACUUCCAACAGGGCAUCCAGAAAGGCUUUUGGACAGUUACUGUUAUGGGCGAGCUCGGGUUGUGCUUGGCAGGUCCGGGGACUCGACAAGGCGGCCGUAUGGAUACAAACGUCCAAUAUUGGUAUCCUGGCGAACCAGUCCCGUACGGCUCUUUGAUCGCUUAAAUCUAGUGCCUGUACGUGUACCUUGGUAGUCGGAAAUUGGGCGGCAGCCGUUGAUACUGCAGCAGCAAAGCCUUCGGCACGGUGAUACAACGCGUAUAUUUCGUAGGAGUGUUGUUCUGGGUGACUCGAUGAUUGGAAGAGCGAUGCCAAAAUAUGUUGCCCCAAGUAGCCCGAGGCUCCUGUCAAGAGAAUUCUGAACGCAUUGGAAGAAUUAUCACAACGAGAAGUCUCUACUGGACUUCUGGAUAUCGUACCGGUCGUCACCAUGGUCAGUCUCGACG